GCACACGGCCUGCCGCUCACUGUAAACAAGACGCAUACAACAGCAGUCAGUAGUCUGCAGUCCGGCCGGUCAGUCUGUGGAACGGCGCUCAACAAGAUGGCCGAGGAGCCGAAAUACACGCUGUAUCAGUUCCCGAUGUCCUAUUAUUCUCAGAAGGUUCUCCUGACCUUCUUUGAGAAGAACAUCGACUUCAAACCUGUGUUUAUCAACCUGAUGGCCAAUGAACAAUUACAAGAAUGGUACUACAAGCUUCACCCUGACGGCCUGGUCCCUCUGCUUCAAUAUGGCGACAAACUGCUGCCGGAGUCCGACGACAUCAUGGAUCAUCUCGAUAAACAAAGCACAGAAUCAUGCUUGGUACCAUCAGUCGACACCGAUGUUGGAAAAGACGUCGCCAGAUGGCGCUCGCUGCUGACGUCAGACGUACCUAUAGGCAUGGUAACAUACGGGGUGUUUUACAACCCAGAGUUGUCCUUAACUGGAAUCAAGUCUCCGGUCACGCUCACCAAAGAUGAAAUGAGAGAACGUGGUGAGCAAGCUGCAAAAGAAAUGAUGGCACUUGCUGAAAAGAUGCCCGAAGUGAAAGAAAACAUUGAACGGAAAUUGAAAGGCAUGGAGGAACGGAAAAACGUAAUUGCCGACCCUGCGAAGGUGAAGGCCAAGAUUGACCAGAUACAGGCUGUGUUUGACAAGGUGGAAGAGAAGCUGAAGGAGUCGGGAGGAGACGCGUGGUUGUGUGGCAGCGACUACAGUGCCGCUGACAUCUCACUGACCGUACUCAUCAACAGACUGGUGCUUCUGGGUAUCCUGCCGAUGUUCCUCACGGAAACACGCCCCCUGGUGGCGGCAUUCUGGGAGAGGGCUGAAGCGCGUGAAAAUAUGAAACAAAUGAGGGCGUUCGCUUUAAAAUACGCACAGGAGCAAGCCGCUAAACAGCCGAAAUAAUGUAUACAUAUGUGCAAAGUGACGAUUCCCCCUCACUUUUUAAUGUUGUUAUGUAUGUCAAUAUGUGUUGUUGCUUUUUUUAUCUGGUUUCAUAUGAACAGUUCCAUAUAUACUCUUAAAGUUGCGAAAUGCAUACACACUUAUAUAUAAAGUCAUUGCUGAAC